CAAACGUCGUGGUGUUCGGUUCUGCUGAUACGCUCACACAGUAUUAGGGCCGUGGUGCGUUUCAUCGUGCAUUCCGCUUAGCGGCGACGGCGUCUGAUAUCGCGGAUGUUGAACGAGAAACAAAUAUUGUAGGACUCGCGUGUGGUCGUCGUUACGAUAAUCAUAAAAUUAGGAAGAGUAAUUCUAUUGUGUCGCGGAUCCCGGUUUUUAAGUGCAAAGUUUCUGUUUCCGGUAGUGCCGCCCAAGACGACGUGUGUACCGCCUGUUAUUAGUAUUAUUUAAAAACUUUCGUUUUAUUUGCAGUUCUUUAGAGACGCAAGUAUCAACGGACCGUUGUUGUGCGAUUUUUGGUGUUUUAUAUUUAAUCACUGUGCGUAGUUGCGGUGCGUGCGGACGUACGACUUGAAUUGUACUAUUUCGCGAUAUUGGUUAGAUAUUUUAAUAAAUUAUCAGGAGAACAUAUUGAUCUCUAUUCUGCCGAUUCUACAUUACAUCUGCAGCUGGUCGCUAAACUAUGGUUUUCUAUCACUACUUCCAUUGCAGUACUUCUAGGGAUCACACAACACAGAGUGCGGUAUCAUAGCCGACGUGCGGUUACAGGUAAAUACGCCGUCAUCAUGACGGAGCGCCGUUAUCGCCGCCACUGAGGCCGUCGUCGUCAACGCCGCUGCAGCGGUGUCGUGUCCCGCGCGCCGACCGCCGAAAAAUCGCAUGACCACCUCCCUCGUCGUCGCGGGCUGAACGGUACACGGCCGGUGUCCGGCGAGCGAUGACCACGACAGCAAACCAUCGGGCCGCCGCAGGAGGUAACAUGGCUCCGGAACCGGAAGAAGACAUCGCGGCCAUCGCCAAACAGAUAUCCGACCACGCGGAGGCGAUAUACCAGACGUGGAAGGCCCGAGGCCUAGCGCCCAACGAGAUACUGACGUGCCACCGCGACUCGUCGGCCGCCGCAGACAAGUUCGGCUCGGCGCUGACGCCGCAACCCAAAUCGCCGUCCGAAGUCGCGGUUCCGGUGCACCACAGCCGCGGCGCGCAGCUGAUGGCCGACCCCAGCGGCACCAACAACUUGGAACGGCUGGUGAACAAGUUCGUGGUAGAGGACAAAGCUCGGCUGCAGGCGGCCCGGCAAUCGCGUUCGCUGUCGCCCAAGCCGUUCGCCUCGUCCAUUCAGUACGCGCUGCAAAAGUUCGAGCAGAAGGCUUCCUCCUCGUCCACUGGCCUCGUCCCGGAUCACCCGCAGCAGCAGCAACUGCAGCAGCACGCUGUCGCCAGCAAGCAAAACUUCGGCGGGGGCGGUGCCGCCAAGAGGUACUGCAGCAAGCCGUCGCCGUUGCGGAACUACGCGGCGUCGCCGACCGCAGACGACGACAACAAGGGCGCGGACGGCGGUCCCGCGUGGCCGUUUCGGAACGGCGGCAAGCCGACGGCAGCGGCCCAGUCGCAGCAAAACGCGUGUGACUUUAUGGACGAGGUGGCCAAAGAGGAACAGCGGCUGAUCGACGCGCUCAAGAACGGCUCGGUGGUGGAGAACAGGAAGACCGAAAAGCCGGCCGUGCCCAGCAAGGAGGGCGUGCUGUUGCGGUCGGCCGCCGCCGGUGCAGGCUACGACGUGUCGUCGGCCGCCGGCCACCGUUCCAAGCCGGAGUUCCUCAUCGGGCUGUCCGCGCUCAGCUCGUCCCGGCGGAACCAGCACGCGCACCGGCAACAGGAACAGGUGCCGCACCCCGAGCUCACCGAUCACCAGCGGGCCCACAUUCGGUCCAAUCACCACCAGUCGAACCCGGUCCGGCCGUUUUUGACGCGCGGUUCGGUCGCCGAGCGUGUGCUCAUAUUCGAAAAGUGUCCGACCGAACUGAUGAAGAAUUCGGCCGUCUGCAAUUCUUCGUCGUCUCAUUCGUCGUGGAAGAACAUCGGUUCUGACGUGCACAGCAAAAUCCAAAACUAUUCAAAGGAAACCAAUCAAAAACCUGGAGCGCCUCCGCCGCAUACUACAUUACAAAGACAUACAAAGGCCAAUCGUAACGUAUUCAUUCCUAGAUUCUACUAUCCAUUUGGCAAGCCCGAGAGUCAACAGCAGUGGGAUACGAUCGUCAAAACAAUCACAGAUUUCUUUAUGUCAUUACCGAAUUCACAAGCUUCGAAACACCAUUUCGGCCAAAUCGCUAAAUUGUGUAACUGCCCGUUUUAUUGGAAGCAACCUUUGUUCUUUGCCUGUGGCGGAGAUUUGUCCAGUACCAUAGACCUAAAUACCUUUCUUAACUAUUGGAAAGACGUGUGGUCUACUUGUCACGACUUGCCAUCAAUAUUUAUACGCAUAUUGGCAAGAAACUCAAAGAAACAAACAUUAUCACCUGAAAACUUCAUCUUAUUAGUCCAAGAUGUGGUCGAUUCGCAUCCCGGUUUAACAUUCCUGAAAACUGCGCCUGAGUUCCAUUCUAGAUAUGUGCACACGGUAAUAUCGAGGAUAUUCUACAGUGUUAACACGUCAUGGAGUGGAGAUCUUAGCCUAGCAGAAAUCAGACGAUCAGAUCUAAUUCGAGUCAUUGACCUAUUAGAAAAAGAAGAAGACAUCAAUCAAGUGACAGCUUACUUCAGUUAUGAACAUUUCUAUGUUAUAUACUGUAAGUUUUGGGAACUGGAUCGUGACCACGAUUUAUUCAUCAGCAAAACCGAUUUAGCCAGACACAGUGAUCACGCUUUGUCCACAAGAAUAAUUGAUAGAAUAUUUUCGGGGACUGUUACUAAGAAAAAGCAAAAGAAUUCUAAUAACAAUUAUAUGGAAGAAAAAAUGAGUUACACAGAAUUUGUUUGGUUCCUGAUGGCUGAAGAAGAUAAACGACAUCCUAGAGCUGUCGAAUAUUGGUUUAGAUGCAUGGAUAUUGAUGGUGAUGGUUAUUUGUCAAUGUAUGAACUUGAAUAUUUCUAUGACGAGCAAUUGCAAAGAAUGGAAAGCAUAGGAAUUGAAUGUCUACCAUUUGAGGAUUGUUUGUGUCAGAUGCUGGACAUGGUAAAACCAAAGUGUAGUGGCAAAAUUUCAUUAGCUGAUCUCAAAUCAUGCAAAAUGACUCCGAUAUUUUUUGAUACAUUCUUUAACCUUGAAAAAUAUCUGGAUCAUGAACAACGUGAUCCAUUUGCGUCACAGAGAGAUAAUGAAAAUGAACAUAACGAAAAUGGAAAUAAAUAUUAUAAGGCAUCAGACUGGGACAAAUACGCUGCUGAAGAAUAUGAAAUGUUAGUAGCUGAAGAAGGUGGAAAUGAUGCACCAGAAGAAAUAAAUGGAACUGAUAUUGAAGAUAUCCUGUCACCUAAUUUGGAUGAUGUAUUGAAAUCAUGUACAUUAAAUAAAAUAUCCAAUCAGCCAAGAGUUUUGGUCACUGAUUUCUCUUCACCGUCAAAUAUGUAUGAUGACAAUGAUUCGUCUGAUUAUGCAGGCGAUAGCGAUGACGAUAUUUAAUUCAUAUACACAAUAAUAAUGUAUAAUUAUAAGUUAUAUAUAAUAUAAUAAUAAUAAUAAUAAUAAUAAUAAUAAUUGUAGUAAUAAUUAUAGUAACACAACCAUGUUAUUUCUUUGUGACAAUGGGAAUUGCUGACAUUAUUAUACCAAAGAAUAUAGUUGCUCAUAUUGUCCUCUUGUUCCCAUGUUUUUCAUCUGUUGUUUACUUAAACUUUUAAAUUCAUUAUUUUUGACAAAAUGUUACAUAACAUUAAUUUAUGUGCUUGUUUUUGUUAAUAGGCUAUUGCCUGAGUAUGGUCAUUAUUAUUUUGUUUUAUUUAUGAAAGAUUAAUUGUUGUUGUUUUCAAAAAUGUAUAAAGCAUUAUAAAAGGUGUUUAAAAUUGCGCCAUAUACCAGAUUUUAUAUUUGUCAUUAUAAUUUUU